CUCACCUCACUUGUGACAUUGUUUCCUCUUCUUCCUCUACAGAUAUUGCUUCUUACCAUCCAAGGGCAAGCACACUCUUCCUGAGAAAGUAUCAAAUGCAUGUGCAAGGAAAGAGGAGAAGCUCUCGCCUAUAUUCUAUACCUCGAUGGCAUCUUGGUAGAAAAUACAGCUCGUGUUCCACCAUAUUGCUAGGUAACAGCACAGUCAGUGAGCCUGAUCUCAGCCACAUAUUAGAAAGUGUGACUUUGGCAAUAUAUUACAACAUAAAGCACAGAUAUGCAAAUAGAUCUCUGGCUAUUUUCGAUGAGUCAAUACAUCCACUUUCACAAGAAGAGAUUCCAGGGAAAUCCUUUGAGGACGAUCCCACACACAAAUGCAUUUUCAGUUAUUUCUGUAAUAUUUUUGCAGUCGCAGAACUAACAGCUCCAUGUGCGAUCGUAGCAUUGGUGUACAUUGAACGCCUUUUAACUAAAGCUAACAUCGAUCUUUGUCCUACUAAUUGGAAAAAAAUUGUCCUCGGAGCCAUGCUUCUGGCCUCCAAGGUUUGGAGAGAUCGUGGUCUGUGGAGUGUGGAUGACAGCCAGAAUCCCAAGGAUGUUGCAGUUGAGACAAUGAGUAAGAUGGAGAAGAGUUUUUUGGAGCUACUCGAGUUUAAAAUUCAUGUGUCUGCCAGUGUUUAUGUGAAAUAUUACUUUGACCUGUGUGCCUUGCCAUACGACCAUGAACUGGAUUUUCAGUUUAGUAUUCUUCACAAACAUAUAGCGCAGAAAUUGAAGGCUAUGUCACGGCUGUGUGAAUACAAAGACCUGCAUCAAGAUGCCGCAGCUAUGACAAGGGCCGUCAGCAUGGAUUUCAUCGGCAUUAGGCAUACUAAUGCCAUCUUAUCUUAAAGAGAGAAAUUAGCAUUAUAAAGUCCUGGACUUGUCAACUAUAGGGACUACAAAAUAUCACUUCUCCUG